UCACAGAUCAUUAAUAUACAAGUCCCUAAAUAAACACACAAAGCUCCAUUACCUCCACCAUUAAAAACUAGAUAUCUUAAACUAAUGUUUUGACUUGCGCAUAAUUAGGUUGCUUAAAACUUUAAUACCCAUAUAAGAAGGCCAUCACCUCAAGUAGGAAAACUCACCAACUCUCUAACUCUAAUACUUGUUCAAACACACAAUAUAUCAAAGAAAAAGAAAAAAUGUCGAUAAAAAUUCAUCCGCACCAAUUAGCACUCGUAGCACCACCACCAUCAUCAUCGGCGGCACCGGUUUCGGAUCCUUCGAGUUCGCCACCCGUUCUUUCCCUCUCGACUACGGGAGAGGGAGAGAUCUUCACCAUUUGGAUGAAAUCUCUAAUUCUUGGGGGUAAAGGUUGCACCGUUUUCAACUCCAAUGGUGAAGUUGUUUAUAGGGUGGAUAAUUAUUCUUCUAAAGGUUGUAAUCAAGUUUUUCUCAUGGACUCUCAAGGCCAAAUCCUCCUUACAAUCCUUAGAAAGAAAUUUAGACUCAUGGCACGUUGGAAAGGAUACAAGGAUGAAAUGAAGAAAGGAGAGUCGUGGUGGUUUCAAGUAAGAAAGAGUUGGAAACUUCCCAAAAUGCCCUUGUGCAACGAGGUCGUGGUGAAUUUGUUCCACGAUAAAAAGUCACCGGCGUUCAAAAUCGAGAAGGCUAAAAGCGACGUUACAUCGUGUAAAAUUGUAGAUAGAUUGGGAGGUCUCAUUGCAGAGAUGAAACAAAAGCAAUCGUUAGGAGGGGUAGUAUUGGGAAAUGACGUGCUUACGUUAGUGGUUGCGCCUAAUAUUGAUCAUUCUCUAAUCAUGGGAUUAAUGGUUGCAUACAACCUUAUUCACUGUAGAAUGUGAAGACUUUUUUUCCUUUUUUCUUUUUGUACGUACUUAGAGUGCCCAAUGUUUUUGGGAUUUUGAUCCGAUUGUAGAUAAUCUAUCUUGCUUUACCUUUUUUCCCCCUUUCUUGGACAAGUUGUUUAAUUUACAACUCGAUGCUGUCAAAAAUGAUACUGAGAUGUAAAUGACACGGGUUUAUUGGACUCGAUUUGUAAAAAUGACUAUUGUUCGUCUCCUAAAAAAACAAAAAAAGAAAACUAAUGUCCGUGUAUAUAUGUACUCCUAGUUUUUAAAGAUUUCCUUUCUCUUUGAUUAA